UUCUCUUCUUCGUCUUUUUUGUUUCUGUUUCAACAUCUACACGAGCAAUGACAGAGCUCGCACUGCUGCCCGGGAGUAACAUUGUCCACGAAGAGGACCUGCACGACGACGGCGACCAUGAGGAAGGCUUUGUGGCCAUUCUGAAGGCGCUCGUCCAGCACUUUUUGAUUCACGUUGAGCUGCCAACUCUUGUCAUCAAUGGCCAGCGCGUCAAGAUUCAGAGAAGCGUCAUUCGACAUGUCGCCAAGCGUCUGCCGGCGUCGCUGCGCGGCAAGAUGCCCACCAAGGAGACAUUCGACUUGCUCUAUCCGAUGCGGGAUUUGGUCAACAAGUGCCAAGAAGAAGCCAUGCAAUUCUCAAAUACCUUCUCACUCCGCGACAUGAUGUCGUUGCCCGAGACAACUUCGUUCUUGACGUGGCGGGCCGCACCAUCCAUGCAGGAGGACACUGCCGUUGUCGCAGCUCCCGCGCCCGACCAAAAGAUUCAGGCUCUCGAGCUCGAACUUGCCCGUCUUCGAGAACAAAUUGCCAUGAUUGUUACCAUGCAGCCUGGUGCUAUCGCGCCUCCCCCGCCGCCUCCCAUGCCUCACGCGAGCAUCACAGACAUUGUGGAUGACUCCAACUCGUCAGUUCCCGCCCCUCCGCCACCACCUCCGAUGGGCAUGAUUGGCACUCCUGCAAAGGCACACGCGCCCAUUGCUCGUCUCCAGAACACUUCCAAAGCGCAAGUCUCAACGCCUGUCAAGCCCGCCACCACUUCGCUGCAAGAGGUCUUGAAAGGCGUUGGCAAUGUUCAACUUCGUCGAGCAGCAGGCGAUUACUCGCCUGGCGGCACUCCUAUUCGCAAGCCUAAAUCCGCCGCAGCUGCUGCCAAGGACGGUGCUAACGCCAACGGAGGCGACUUUGCCAGCAUUAUCGCCAUGGCCCUUCAACGCAAGUUUGCCAAUGCAAAUAUGGAUGCGCGGAACAGCGACGAAAACCUAGACUCCAAUUCGAGCUUUGACUCGCCCACUGCCAACAAAACCCACUUUGUAUCGUCAUCCGUGGAGUCUCCGGCACGGGCACGUCACGAAAGUGGAACGUUGACUCCUUCACGAUUGGCCACUCGCGCGUGAAGUUUGCUGAAAAGUAGUCUGUGAAUGGUUGAUUGGUGUUUUUGUGUUUGCUUUUGUCUUGAUUUUUUUUGUUCGCGUCCUGCCUUGUGUGUGUGUGAUCAAGCAGUGACUUGUACCAACUGUUGCACAUCCUUCCCUCGAAACCAAAUCCUUGCUCGCCCCUCCCCCAUAAUGAUAAAUAAAUGUUGACUUGUG